UUUACUGGAAGGUUUGGCACCGCCUUUUUCUUCGACAUAAUAUGGUGAUUCUCAGUCGUGAAUUGCCCUCGUAGUGCCUCUUCAUCGAUCAUGACGCAUGUGCUGACGAUGGACUCUCCCCCGCAACUACAUGCGAUGCUUCCUGGCCUGAAACGCCGCCGCGUGGAUAUCCCCCUGUGUGCCACCCCCAGUCUUCUUCCGUCGCUUUCACACAUGCUGAAACAUCGCAAAGGCGAUCCGUGUGACGAGACGCGCAACCCCAACGAAAGUGAUGGGGACAACGACCGCUGUGCGUGGUACGCAUUGCGUUUGCUAGGCGCGGCCGCAGAAAUGCACCGUACGUCAUCCGCGAUGACCCCCCGCCCUGCCCAUCAACGAGGGGCCACGCCCGAUGUGUGGUCGACUCGUCAAGUCCAAUCAGCUCAACAACUCCAGCAAGACGUCCCCUCUUCCACAUCGGCUCUACACCUGAUGCAUGCUCUACCAUUAUGCAUUGACAGUCGCAUUCCUCGACUUCGCGCCAUGUCGCCACUUAUCAAGUCGACGCGCAAUCGUGUUGAGUUGUCGCGGGAGCAGCGCGUGGCGCGGUGGCGACAGAAGCGACUUCGCCAGACGACUCUUCCAACAACCGAUCAUGCGACUUCCAUACUUGACAAGAAGAAGACACGGGCCGCGGGGAUUCGAAGACAACGAGUGCAAGGACGCUUCGCCCGCACCAGCAUGUUAGUUCCCAUCACAUCAUUCCAAAGCUAAGGGUUGUUCGCCGAGGUUACGCGAUGCACCAUCUUCGUACACAAGUUUCCCAAGUGCUACUCGUUACAGUAGUACUCGGCUAUAUAUAUAUAUAUAUAUAUCGAUGACUGUAGCUCAUGUCAUGUCCAGGAUGGACAUCAUCAUCUGGGCCUGCCUAUAAUUGAUGCCAACCCGCUGAAACUUC